UUUGCUAGACUAGGGAGCGGAGUUGGUUAGGGGAGUGAAGUUAGUGGAAGCCGGAGGCGCGCCUGGUUACGCAGCCCCUGCGAUGGAAAAGCGGUAUGGGCGCCCCGGUGGCAGAAUUGCGGUAUAAAUAAAUAACAUUCCAGGCUGCCACCCAAGAAGGGGAGGAGUGGAAGCGUGUGACCCAGAGGUGGAUGAAGGAGAGGGAGUUGGAGGAAGGGAGCGCGAGAGGCAGACAGAUGAAAGAAGAGGAAAAGAGGACCAUUUCGAAGGAUUUCUGAGAACCGACAGCCUACUUCCUGGACGGAGCUUGCACAAAAGUAGUACCAGGGAGGUUGUAUAGUUCUGCCGCUUUGCUUCACUUGGCGCAGCCUCCUGGCAGCAGCAGCGGAUCGGGACGACUACAAAAGCAGGAAGCGAGGCGACGGGACGUUCCUGUGAGUCACCUAGAGCCGUGGGGGAAAAGGCAGCUCCGAGCGUGUGCUUUGCAAAGAUGCCUAUCCUCAAACAGUCUCCUGUUUCCCACUCCAAGAAGCGCCCCCGUUUGGAUCGGGCCAUGAUCAGUGCCCCCUUGGGUGACUUCCGGCACACGAUGCACAUCGGCCGUGGUGGAGAUGCUUUUGGCGACACGUCUUUCCUUAGCAGCCAUGGCGGAGCCAAGGCCAACGGGCUUCCCCCUGAAGUGGCCAUGUCUCCUGGGACACUCUCUAAUCCUGGAGAGGUCAGUGGUCACUUUGGACUGCUGGCUUCCCCUGGUAAUGGCAAUGGUGUCACUCAGAGCCCAGCAACGUCGACCCCUGAUGGCAGCUUUGUGGUAUUGCAGCACCCAGAGAUGGCAGAGUGGCAGCCUCAGAAGUCCCCUAACGGAGAAGACUGGAGUCUACAGCAGAAGUUCUCCUUGGAGAGCCCCGCUUUGGAACAUGCUGAAUCCCUUCUCUCUUUCCAGUUGGACUUGGGGCCUUCCAUCUUGGAGGAUGUGCUGGGAGUGAUGGACAAAGACUGGGACAGUCUCCAAGGAGAAGAAGAGGAAAGGCUGAGAGUUGAAAGCUCAAGCCCAGUGGAGCAAAUCCACCAAGAAGCAGGAAGAGGAGGAGGAGGAGGAGAGGAAGAAGAGGAGGACGACGACGAUGAGGAGGAGGACGAAGGGCAGGGCUACAGUUUCGAGGAUGAACAGGAUGAAGAGAUUGGGCUAUAGGAGGGAAGAGUGGUGCUGGUUUCUUCUCAAACCAUUCUUUGGUUUCUCUUCUUCCUUCUCCAGUGUCCCUCCGUGUCCUCUUCUACAGAAUGUCUGUCUGUCCAAGAGCAGUUAGCCGCUGGCAACCCAUAGGCCAAACCUGACCUGUAAUAACUGCAGGUUGACCCCCCACUGCUUGUCUGUGCCCUACCAAGCAGCCUUUUACCUUAAAAUCUCUCAUAGUUGAAUCCAAGAGGAAAAUAGGCAGAGGCAGGCAGAUUGCACCUCCAGUGUAAAUGUUGCUGUCUUCCUUUCCAUGUGCGGAAAAGCAAUGUGUCAGACUCUGGGGUUUUCCCCAAGAGAACGGUGGUCUGUCCUAGACUGGCAACGAGAGGAUUGUUUAUCUAGAGGACAAGUCAUAGGAUGCAUUAUGGAAUGCUACCUUUGAAAAACUGAAUUGCAGUGUUUGCCCUCAACAGUGCACCUCUCCUCCCCGCUCAAUUUCUUAUAUUCCUUUCAAGACCUGGGAUUGUGCAAAUCCUUCAAUGUAUUGAAAAAUGGAUCUUGAUUUCAAGCUCAUUCAUCCAUCUGGAAUCAGUAAAGUGAAAUGUCACUGAUGCUAUGGAAAACUUCCUCUCUUUCCAUUUCACCUUCCACACUUCUGUUGUUUCUUUUUCACUUACUUUGUUCUUUAUUCAGUUGAUAUAUUUUCCUCUCUAAACUUGGAGAUGCCUUUCUUUCUUUUUGUUUCUUCUUUGCUAAAGGAGUGGAAGAACACAUGGGCUGGUAUUUCUCCGUCAGGAUACCAAGUGUUAGUUAAAUGUGGAUGGAGAAAAAUGGAUUUAAGAUGGACAGAGAAGAAUGAAUAUGUAGAUAUUUUUAUUUAUCUGUCAAUCUAUCUAUUUACCUCCCCAAUCUUCAUUUCCCUUUCCUACCCAUCUUAAUUGUAUUGUAAUAUUCAACAAUGUCUAACCAUCUUUUUUUUCACCUGCUGAUAGUCUCUUCUCAGUUGUUACCCUUCUGUCUGUCCGCAUAUCAAUUCAUUGAUCAUUUCUGUUUCUCUUCAGUUGUUGCAUCAAUGUUAUCUGUAUACCCAAUGGCAGGACUGCAAGGCCUCUGUAGCUGGAGGAAGACACUGACAUUUUUCAGAUAGGAAGGAAAUAUUUGAGGCCAAAAGGAGGAUAAGAGCAUCCAGGCGUACCACCUUAAGGAGCCAGUCAAGAAAGAGAAGAUGGUCAGGAUUACCAUCUUAAAAGACGAAUGUUUAGAGACAUAAUGUGAAUUGACUGUUGAACAGAAUUUAAAUCGCUAUUUAGCUGGAUCCAUAUGAUUGUAACAAUUAUCUGUAGGUGACAGUAUAUAUUGGCAAAGGUAUAUGUGGGCAAGUUGAUUGGAAUCCCAACCCAUUUGACAUUUGUGUGGGGUGGGACCGAUUUAUAUUUUUAAAGAACAAAACUGGGAAUCUUAGGUAAAGAAAACAUGCAUUUUUGAUCUUUUUAAUUUGAGCUUGUGUUGAAUCUAUGGAGAUAGAACGGGGUCGCAUUAACAGACUGCAUCUCCAUCAUACAAGAACUGGACAGCCUUCUAAAUAAGGCACUUCAAAGGAGAAUACAAUGUAGCAGAUCAGAUAUGGUGAUAACUGAAGGAGAAUUUACUGGCUGACAGAAUUUUUUCCCUGCCUCAAACCUUGUGAUUCCAGAACCCCAUCCAUCAACUUAACAAUCUGUCCUUUUGCCCCUGAGUUAUUUUCUCUGCACUUUGUUUGAAAUGACACUCCUCCCCAGGCGUCCUGGACACUCCCUAAGCCGAUUUGCAUGGACACAGUUGGCAGAAAUUUAUUUUAUCAGGAGGUCAGUGGUAGGGAGUUGGGAAUUAAUCUGUCUCUUCACCAAAUCAUCAGCGUGUCUCCCAUCACCUCUCUUACUGCUCCUCUUGGUGUUGCUGCCACCGGUUCCUUAGGUGUAAAUGGGUUGAUCUACCACACUCCUAAAAUACUGUAGUCUGUAACUACUUUGUAGCCCAGAUCCCUCAUUUUGGCAAUAUGACUUAAAAGUUGGGGGGGGGAUGUUUUUAAUUUCUUAGGUAUCUGCUUAUGAAUGAGGUUCUUGGCCAAGUGACUCAUUGUUUGUUUGUUUUUACUUGUAUUGUGUAUACUUACUCCAGCUACAUGAAUCAAAAUGGGAAAGGUAUACUUGUAAGUCAGGCAGCCUUACAGGAAAAGUGCUCUCCCACGGCCAGUGCAGAAACAAGGUUCAUCAGGGAGCCCAGCCAGCUCCUUUUUCUGGAAAAAGGUAGUAAGUGCUGCCUGGGCCUUUGGUUGAGGCAAGAAGGGGAAAGGUUGCAUUUUCAGAAUUGCUGAAUAUUAGCUGAAUAUAUUCCCUGUGCAGUGGGAAGACUUGCUGCAUAACAUUAGUUUUUAUGUAUAGUAUCGGCUGGUGUGGAAGUGGGCUAAGAGUGGGCUGGGACCUUUUAAGAGAGACUUGGUGUGUAACGUAUUUUGCUAGGGAGGAGGAUGAGCUUAAGGGAAUGGACGUCCUCCUUACCUCCAAAGGAGAGGGAGCUUAGCAUGUAAGUCAAGUUAGAGGCAUUUCGUUGAGAUGUCAAGGAAGGACGUGGAGUAGAAUCAUUGGAUCCACCAGCCGCACAUCUUUUAGCGAAAUCUCUCUCCCCACCCUCACUCCUAAAACUGGUAGCUAAGGACAUUUUCAUUAAAGUAAGGAUAGCAGGAUGCAUUUGUCCUGUCCUGUAAUUUCAGUGCUGCUUCAGAAAAUAGUCAUGAUUUACAACCAGAUGUGGGCCAGCUAGUGGCACAGCCACCAUCCAUAGCUGAAGAUUGCUUUAGGACAUUGGCCUUCAUUCAGCGAGUGUGCAGUGGCACCAGAAGAAGUAGUAGAGAGAAGGGGAGACAAAGUUUAUCUGCUAGGUGUGGGGUUUUUCCAAUUUCUUGGACUACAAAUUCCAUAAUUCUCCUUUCUGGGAGAUCUGCCUUAUGUGGGUCACCUAGGAGAAAAGCCUCUACUGGAAGGCUCUGAGCUAGGCCUGACUCGACUCAGCUUCUUGUUUAGAAAGAAAGUUCCCAGCAAGCACUGGGGCAAGGACCAGAAGCUUGGCCAAAGCUAAGCCUCAAAAGUCUUCCCGUGAAGGCCUGUCUCCUAGAUGAACCCCAUUUAGGUAUCUGUCAGGUGUAACUCCCAGAAUGGAGAAUUAUGGGAUUUGUAGUCCAAGAAAUGUUUAAAAAUCCUGCCCCUAAUGUAUACUUUGAACCCAUUUGGCAACUAUUUAUCAAUGCCGAUAGGCCUUCACUCUUGUGAAUCAUGGUUUAGGGGUUAAGUGCUGAUAACCAUUCUUUCCUUUCUAUAUUGCAAUUAACUGGGUAUCCUGAGAGGAAGAAAUAAUUGUUCAAGCAAUGUGUGUAAUGUCAAGAAGCCACAACAGGAGUAGGAAUAUCCUCAAAAUGGCAUCUGCCAUAGGUUGGGGCUAAAGGUUGGCACUGCAUCUGGGAAGAGUCAGGAUAAUGGCUGUUGGAUGAUGAGUGAGAAUCUUCAAAAUGGAGAGCUGUGGGUACUGUGGUCAAGUGGUUUUUAUUUUUUUUAAAGUUUUUUCUCACUAUGUAUCCUAAGUUAUUUUAUAACCUCAAAUUGUCCUUCCCUCUCCCUGUGGAAGCUGUUUAUCUCUGGUUUCAAAAGGAGAAAGCUGGAAAAAAAAUGAAUUCCUGCAGUGACCAUGUUUGCCUCUUGAUAUUUUUUAAAGCUGUUCUAAGGAGGCAUCGCUGGGAUCCAGUGCAGUAGAGAUCAGGGCCGGAUUCUGAUCUCCAUUUCUUUAGAGGAAGGACAAAACCUCCCACAGUCAUCUCAUUUAUUCAUCCACACUUGUGAUUUAAGUCUGAAGCCUAUUCCUUAGAUCUCUUGCUACCUGUGAUCAGUGCUGCUGCACAGUGGGUCUAUAUGUACAUUUAUUAUUUUGUAAUAGCUCAUUUUAUGGUUUUCUGUGUAAGAAAAUGUCUAUAUAACCCCCCUUCUCUACAUUAUGUUAAUUUUAUCCUACUAGAAAAAAUAUUUGUACAGUGACCAAAAAGUGUUUGAUAUUUCUUGUAAUUAAAAGACAAUUAGUUUUG